AUGUGCCUUUCAUCCGUAUCCCCGUUGGAAAGGUACACCAUAAGCCGCGAUCUCGCCUUCUUCUGUCUUGAUUUCUACUCGGCUGACAGAGCAUCUGACCUUGGUCGUGUUUAUACCAAAGAGGUUCUCCUGCUACCUGAGGAUCAAGGUCUUUUGUUUCACCACACGUUUGGGAAGACGCUUCGUGGAAAGGACUCCAAGAAUCAGUUAGCCGUUAAAAGGUGCCCCCAGGACACUGUGGUUUGCCCUGUUGUAAAUCUCACCACGUAUGUUAAGAUAGCCGACCUCAUGAACAUCAACCUUCGGGAGGGUUUUCUCUUCCUUGAUACCGACCCUAAAGGUCGUGUUUCUCCAAAGCCGUUCGUGGGUUCUACAGUGGCGAACCAUCUCCGCCUUCAUCUCACGGCAUUAAAUAUUGAUGAGGGUGAAACUAUGCACAGUUUUAGGAGCGGUUGUUCCAUAACUCUAUCUCUUCUAGGUGCCUCAGAUGACCAAGUGGCUAGUCCUGUUGGCUGGAAAAGCAUCCAGAUGGCUCGAUAUUAUUCUCAAGUCCCCAAAGAUAUGGAUUUGUCGCUGCCAGCUUCUCUUCUUGCCCAAGGCACUGUUAGAGGGAAAGAUAGUAUUUCUCGUGCAGGUUCAUUAGGGGCCGAGUUCAGCGCUCGCAAUAAUCUCGAGGGGCUAUCCCUCGCCUUUCCUUGA